UCGCUGUUCAAACAACUCGCAGCAGACAACAUCAUGUCUCGGCCAAACGCUGCCAACCAUAAAGCAAAUAUGAAUUCAUCCAGGCUCUCCAGUUCAACAAAAGCAAAAGGGCUGAAAGACAUCAGGAUUGAUGAAGAAGUUAAAAUUUCUGUCAACAUCUCUUUGGAGCGAUUCCAGUACAGUGAACAGAAAGAAAUGGAGUUUCCUUCCUCACUGACGAGCACAGAAAGAGCGUUCAUACAUCGCCUCGCUCAGUCCUUGGGCUACAUAUCGAAAAGCAGAGGGAAAGGAGCUAACCGGUUCCUCACAAUAAGAAAGAAGGAUGGCUUGGAGAAGGCUCAGUCUAUUAUGACUUUUAACCUUACCCACAAUUCCACGCACGUGGCACGGAAUUUGCUGCAGAGGUUCCCCAUUACUAAUAAAGAGCACAAUGAUCUGAUACCGCGCACAGAGAAAGGGGUUUCGGCCUCUCCAGAAGCUGCUGACGGUAGCAGAGACAAGAACAGGACGAGCGGACGACUUAACAGCGGCAUCCCUCAGGUGCCACAGAGAAAGGCUUUGUCCGAGCUAGAGUGUUUUCGCAGAACUCUGCCCGUCUACGAGCGUCAGGAGGAGAUCGUCACAACCAUCAAGGAGAACCAGGUGGUGCUGGUUGUGGGUGAAACGGGUUCGGGUAAGACCACACAGAUCCCUCAGUUCCUGCUGGAUGACUGCAGCAGGAAAGGAAUCCCGUGUCGCAUCUUUUGCACCCAGCCCAGGAGGCUGGCAGCCAUUGCUGUGGCAGAAAGAGUGGCAGCAGAGAGGGGGGAAAGUAUUGGCCAGACCAUUGGCUACCAAAUCCGCCUGGAAAGCCGGGUCUCUCCCAAGACCUUGUUGACAUUUUGCACAAGUGGUGUGCUGCUCAGAACACUGAUGGCUGGAGAUGCAGCUCUCUCUACUGUCACGCAUAUCAUCGUGGAUGAGGUUCACGAGAGAGACGGCCUGACGGAUUUCCUUCUGACCAAGGUGCGGGACAUGCUGCAGAAGACGCCCACGCUGAAGCUCAUCCUCUCCAGUGCUGCUCUGGAUGUGGAUCUUUUCAUCAGAUACUUUGGCAACUGCCCAAUCAUUUCCAUCAAAGGUCGGCCAUAUGAAGUCAAGCAGUUUUUCCUGGAGGACAUUUUACGGACCACAGGGUACAUGAAUAAAGACAUGGCCAUGUAUAAGAAGGAGAUGCAAAAAGAGGCGAAGCAGCAGACUUCUCUUACACAUUGGUGUGAAGUUAAAGAGGGCGUGUCUCGGCAGGAGUCUCACAGGAACAGGCAGCCGGCUGGCAUGCUACAAGACAAUGACCUGCUGGACGAUGGAGGGGACAGUGUCUUCAGCCAAAUGAGUGAAAAAGACGCAGCCUUGCUAGAGCCUUGGCUUGUGAAGGAAAUGGACGCCUGCAUCUCAGACAUCUUUCUGCAGCAGGAGGCUGAUGCCUUUGUGCAGCUCUUCAACCUUAUUCUCAAUGAGAACAUCAGUGUUGACUACAGGCAUAGCGAGACCAGUGCUACUCCCUUGAUGGUGGCUGCAGGCAGAGGCUUCAUCAGCCAGAUGGAGCAGCUCCUCGGCAUGGGAGCCGGUGUGCACAUUAAAGCUUCCAACGGCUGGACCGCUCUUGACUGGGCUAAACACUUCAACCAGACUGAAGCGUUGGAUCUACUAGAGUCACACAUCUCGUCUCUGGAGGCAGGCCAGCUAGACGAGUCCUCCCUGGUUCAGUCCGCCAGUGGUGAGCUGAGUGCUGAGGACCAGGAGCUGCUUAAGGCCUACCAUUACAGCUUCGAUGAUGAGAAGGUGGACCUGGACCUCAUCAUGCACCUACUUUACAACAUCUGCCAAAGCUCUGAUGAAGGUGCCGUCCUGAUAUUUUUGCCAGGAUAUGAUGAAAUAGUUGGACUGCGAGACCGCAUUCUUUAUGACGAUAAGAGAUUCGCAGAGCAUCAGCACAGGUACCAAGUGUUUACAUUACACUCCAACAUGCAGACAUCAGAUCAAAGAAAAGUGCUCAAACCAUCUCCAAAUGGGAUUCGCAAAAUAAUUCUUUCGACAAACAUUGCCGAGACGAGCAUUACAGUCAACGAUGUCGUUUUUGUCAUCGACGCUGGCAAAGUUAAAGAGAAAGCUUUCGAUGCACUGAAUCACGUAACCAUGCUGAAGAUGGUCUGGAUAUCGAAGGCUAGUGCACUACAGCGGAAAGGAAGAGCUGGACGUUGCAGGCCAGGAAUCUGUUUCCAUCUGUUUAGCCGGCUCCGCUUUAACAACAUGCUGGAGCAUCAGGUCCCUCAGCUGCUGCGUAUGCCUCUGCAGGAACUCUGUCUUCACACUAAGCUCCUGGCACCCAUAAACUGCCCUAUUGCUGAGUUUCUGGCUAAAGCUCCAGAGCCACCUCCACAGCUCAGUGUUAAGAAUGCUGUGCAGAUGCUCAAGACCAUAGACGCCAUGGACCCGUGGGAGGACUUGACUGAGCUGGGCUACCACCUGGCCGACCUACCUGUGGAGCCACACCUGGGAAAGAUGGUGCUAUGUGCUGUGGUGCUCAAAUGCCUGGACCCCAUCCUCACCAUUGCGUGCACGCUGGCCCACAGGGAGCCGUUUGUGCUGCCCGCUCAGGCCUCACAGAAACGAGCCGCCAUGCUGUGCAGGAGACGUUUCACUGCCAACACCUUCAGUGACCACAUGGCCUUGCUUAGAGCAUUUCAGGCAUGGCAAAAGGCUCGCAGCGAUGGCUGGGAGAGAGCUUUUUGUGAAAAGAACUUCUUGUCACAGGCCACCAUGGAGAUCAUUGUCGGGAUGCGCACACAGCUGCUGGGCCAGCUCCGUGCCAUAGGUUUUGUGCGAGCCCGAGGUGGCGGUGAUAUCCGUGAUGUCAAUCUGAACUCUGAAAACUGGGCUGUGGUGAAGGCGGCACUCGUGGCAGGCAUGUACCCCAACCUGAUCCAUGUAGACCGGGACAGCUUAAUGCUCAAAGGUGCCAAAGAGAAGAGGGUUCGCAUCCACCCCACAUCUAUCCUCAGCCAGCCCCAGUACAAGAAGAUCCCUCCAGCCAAUGCCCAGGCGGCAGCAGUUCAGUCUCUGCCCACAGACUGGCUGAUUUAUGACGAGAUGACCCGGGCGCACAGGAUAUCCAGUGUGCGAUGCUGCACUGCCGUCACUCCGUUGACCGUGGCCGUGUUUGGGGGUUGUGCCAAGCUGCCCAGUACUGCCCUUCAGGAACCUGUUAUGUCCAGAGUAGAUGAUGACGGGGUGAAUGAGAGCAGCGACAGUGAGAUGGAGGAUCGUUCCACAGCGCACUUGGCUCAGAUGAAGAUUGACGAGUGGCUCAACUUCAAAUUGGACCGAGAGAUGGCAGAGAUGGUGUUCCAGCUGAGGCAGCGUUGGCAGAGCCUUUUCUUAAGGAGGAUCCGUUGUCCCUCUAAGCCAUGGUCUCAGCUAGACGAGGCCACCGUUCGUGCUGUGGUAUCAGUGCUGUGUGCUGAGGAGCAGGAGGCUGGCCUGCAACAGCCCACGGGUAUCGGCCAGAGACCCAAACCUAUGAGUCCAGAUGAGACUCAGGCGCAACCGGCGAGCUGGAGGAGUGCCAACGGGCGCAGGGGCAUCACGGAACCGAGCGAUGGGGCACCAGCACCAGAGAGGCCUUCAAGAACGUCUCCUGCGCUCCCUCAGUCGAAGAGUCAAAAAGAUAAGGGUUUCCACCCCAAGCGCUUAAGUGAUGACCAUCUCUCAGCAAAGUCAGACAGCCCCAGCUUCAGCAGUCCCUCUGCCAGCCCCUCGUCUUCUUCCUCGGGACGAGGACCUGCUUCUGUUCUGUCUCCCUCGGCCAAGUGUACCAAAUCACCGUCACCAAGGCCCAGCCAACCUGUGCGUUACUUCAUCAUGAAGAGCAGCAACCUGAGGAACAUUGAUCUCUCCCAGCAAAGAGGGAUCUGGUCUACCACAUCCAACAAUGAGCACAAACUGAGCCGGGCCUUCCGUGAGAGCAACUUGGUCUUCCUUAUCUUCUCGGUACAAGGAUCUGGACACUUCCAGGGUUACGCACAGAUGAUUUCAGACAUUGGCUCAGAGCGCUGCCAUGAUUGGGGCUCUUCUGGCCUGGGUGGGGUCUUUAGUGUGGAGUGGAUCCGUAGGGAGAGUCUCCCAUUCCAACUCACUCACCAAGUCCUCAAUCCCUGGAACGAUAACAAGAGAGUGCAGAUCAGCAGAGAUGGGCAGGAACUGGAGCCUCAGGCUGGAGCACAGCUGUUGCAGCUCUGGGAUCGCAUCUCCCUCAAACAGCAGCAUGAGCUUUGAAGAGGGACGCUGGCAUCACCAUUUCAAACUGUGACCUCAUGUACCUCAUAGACGAGCCAGAUUAAGUAGCACAGGCUUGGGAUUGUCUACUAAGUAGACACGAUGUUUUUCCAUCCUAUAAUUAUCAGUGCGGGCAGUUUCUGUACUGCGGGACCAGUUAUUAAGUGCACUGUUUUGCUAGUUGUGCUGUCGUUCAUUUGCACAGUGUGAUGUAAUAACACUAUGUUCACGUUGUCGAGUUUCUUCCGUGAAUUCUGCUGAGCGUUAGUUCGUCUUUACAUAAAAGUCAUAUUUUAAAGUGCCAUUUGUUCAACUGAAAGGAACAAUUUUGAUUAGAAAAAUGAUAUACUUACAUUUAAAAGCGAGUUCGUAUAGAUAUUCAGAUAUUAGAGAUGCACAUAGGUUAUGUUGUAUACGUAUGAGUAAUCGUCCCCCAUGGAAAUGACCUUUUCCUUAAAUAUAGAACACAGAAUUAAAUUACUUUACUUGG